CGGCCGCCGGGCGCCGGUUCUUCUGACGCAGUCCGCGCGGUAGGUGGCGGAGCCAGCAUCAGCCUGUGGCUUCUUCUCGGUACCUGGGAUGCUGGGACACUUUGCCCGGGUGGUCGCAGUCCAGCUCUCCGGGGUCUACCCACGCCGUGGUCCGGAGCACGGAGCCGGGCAAGAGCCACUCAGAAACCGGGUCCGGGGUCCGGGGGCCUGGGGGUCCCGGGGGGCACCUCGCCUCUUCUCUCCGACCGGCACCCGCUCAGCCCCCGCCCCCUUCCCUUGCCGGGGUGAGUCGCAUGGACCUGUCCGCUACUGUUCCUUCUGCCCUCUGAAAUGCUUUCUCCGGGGUGACUUGGUGCAGACAGAAGCAAACACUUGAAGCGGACUGUUUGGAUUCGCUCCAGCGGCUUCAGCCCGGGCUCCCGGGGGCAGACGUGGCCUCCACCACAAGACAGCGCCUGCUCGCUCCGCGCUGGGAGGGCAGGGGCUGCGGGGUCGCCCGGGAGGAGCUCGGGUCCGGGCCUUGAGUCUGAGCUCAAGCGAUUUCUGCACAGGAGUCGCCCUCCCGGACCGGCACUGGUCGGGGACUGACGGGUCCAAAGAUCCAACGCUAGACUUGGGGCAAAUCUCUCAGCCCUCCCCAAGUUUUGGGAUCCUGCGCUGUGGGAUGGGAAACAGGCGGGGGGGGGUGCACGGAGUCUCUGCUUUGAGCCAGGACCCUGGAAUUCUAAAGAAUCCUUCAAAUCCUUCCUACCUGUGUGGUCUUGGGCAAAUUACCUAACCUCUGUGCCUCAGUUUCCUCCUCUGUGAAAUGGGCCAAGUAAAUAGCACCUCAUAUAAUUAUAGUGAGGAUUGAAUCAGAUAUUGUGUAAAAAGGACUGAGUUGGAUGCCUGGGAGUAGAGAAAGGGAUCAAUAAGUGAUCGCUGCUAUUAUUGCUGCUUUCCCUGCUGCUAUUAUCAUUAUUAUUAUUAUUAAUGACUGGGGAGCAGCCUAGCUAGUCGUUAAAGGGACUCCUAGGUGCAAAUCCCAGCUCAGCCACUUUCUAGUGUGACCUUGGGAAAGCUACUUAACCUGUCAGCACGUCUGUUUCAUUUGUAUAAUGGGGGUGGUUGGGAUACCUACCUUAGAAGAUUGUGAAAAUUCAGUAAGACGACACCUGCAAAGUACUUAGAGGAGUAAGUGCUGGGUAUCAGCGAGUCAUUCUUUCACCAAUGUGUCACAUUGGAUCAGGCUGCAUAAUCUAAUAGUAGCUACUGUCUUGUUUUGCUUUGAGGUUGAAACAUGAUUUAUAUGAAUAUUUUAUCUGUUUCACAAAGACCAAGAUCGGUUCCCUUCCUUCACUUGGGGCUCCUCUGACAUUGCUGACUGAUCCAUUGGGGGUCAAGUACGCCCAACCUCAAAGUCCCAUCCUCCAUGGCUCCCGGAGAGAAGAUCAAAGCCAAAAUCAAGAAGAAUCUGCCUGUGACAGGCCCUCAGGCGCCGACCAUUAAAGAGCUGAUGCGGUGGUACUGCCUCAACACCAACACCCAUGGCUGCCGCCGCAUCGUGGUAUCCCGUGGCCGCCUGCGCCGCCUCCUCUGGAUCGGGUUCACACUGACUGCUGUCGCUCUCAUCCUCUGGCAGUGCGCCCUCCUCGUCUUCUCCUUCUAUACAGUCUCUGUUUCCAUCAAAGUCCGCUUCCAGAAGCUGGAUUUUCCUGCAGUCACCAUCUGCAACAUCAACCCCUACAAGUACAGUGCCGUGCGCCACCUUCUAGCUGACUUGGAACAGGAGACCAGAGAGGCCCUGAAGUCCCUGUAUGGCUUUCCAGAGUCCCGGAAGCGCCGAGAAGCAGAGUCCUGGAGCUCUGACUUGGAGGGAGCACAGCCCAGAUUCUCCCACCGGAUCCCACUGCUGCUCUUCGAUCAGGACGAGAAGGGCAAGGUCAGGGACUUCUUCACAGGGAGGAAGCGGAAAGUCAGCGGGAGCAUCAUUCACAAGGCUUCAAAUGUCAUGCACAUCGAGUCCAAGCAGGUGGUGGGAUUCCAACUGUGCUCAAACGACACCUCUGACUGUGCCACCUACACCUUCAGCUCGGGGAUCAAUGCCAUUCAGGAAUGGUAUAAGCUGCACUACAUGAACAUCAUGGCACAGGUGCCUCUGGAGAAGAAAAUUAACAUGAGCUAUUCUGCCGAGGAGCUGCUGGUGACUUGCUUCUUUGACGGAGUAUCCUGCGAUGCCAGGAAUUUCACCCUUUUCCACCACCCAAUGCAUGGGAAUUGCUACACUUUCAACAACAAAGAAAAUGAGACCAUUCUCAGUACCUCCAUGGGGGGCAGCGAAUAUGGGCUGCAAGUCAUUUUGUACAUAAAUGAAGAGGAAUACAACCCGUUCCUUGUGUCCUCCACGGGAGCUAAAGUGAUUAUCCAUCGGCAGGAUGAGUAUCCCUUUGUUGAAGAUGUCGGAACAGAGAUCGAGACGGCAAUGGUCACAUCCAUAGGAAUGCACCUGACAGAGUCCUUCAAGCUGAGCGAGCCCUACAGUCAGUGCACGGAGGACGGGAGUGACGUGCCAAUCAGGAACAUCUACAAUGCUGCCUACUCGCUCCAGAUCUGCCUUCAUUCAUGCUUCCAGACAAAGAUGGUGGAGAAAUGUGGGUGUGCGCAGUACAGCCAGCCUCUACCUCCCGAAGCCAACUACUGCAACUACCAGCAGCACCCCAACUGGAUGUACUGUUACUACCAACUGCAUCGAGCCUUUGUCCAGGAAGAGCUGGGCUGCCAGUCUGUAUGCAAAGAAGCCUGCAGCUUUAAGGAGUGGACACUAACCACAAGCCUGGCACAAUGGCCAUCCAUGGUUUCGGAGAAGUGGUUGCUGCCCGUUCUCACUUGGGACCAAGGCCGGCAAAUAAACAAAAAGCUCAACAAGACAGACUUGGCCAAACUCUUGAUAUUCUACAAAGACCUGAACCAGAGAUCUAUCAUGGAGAGCCCAGCCAACAGUAUUGAGAUGCUUCUGUCCAACUUUGGUGGCCAGCUGGGCCUGUGGAUGAGCUGCUCUGUUGUCUGCGUCAUUGAGAUCAUCGAGGUUUUCUUCAUCGACUUCUUCUCUAUCAUUGCCCGCCGCCAGUGGCAGAAAGCCAAGGAGUGGUGGGCCCGGAAGCAGGCUCCCCGCUGUCCAGAAGCUCCCCGCAGCCCACAGGGCCAGGACAAUCCAGCCCUGGAUAUAGACGAUGACCUACCCACUUUCAACUCGGCUUUGCACCUGCCUCCAGCCCUAGGAACCCAAGUGCCCGGCACACCGCCCCCCAAAUACAAUACCUUGCGCUUGGAGAGGGCAUUUUCCAACCAGCUCACAGAUACCCAGAUGCUGGAUGAGCUCUGAGGCAGAAUUGAGAAGACAGAUCUAGUCAGGACCACCAGCCAGGGUCUAAGGGCAUGGACUGGGUCCGGGUCCCCCUAGAUACACAGGGAUCCUUCUGCCCCACUCUGGGCUUUUCAGAGACUCCGACCAAAAAACCUGCUUUAAACCACAAGAUGGGGCCUGGGCAUGUGUAAGAGGACUCAUCUGGCAUGACGCAGCAACACUCACAGCUGUCCAGGAUGAGAUAAAUCCCAGGACCUGAACUCUUAGCACGUCACUAGAGACUGGAGGCUGAGGCAGUGGUGCUCGCCCAAGCAAAGGCCAGAGUGAGGACUGAUGCAGCUCCCCACGGGUCUUGAGGAGGAAGGACUCCUCCAAAGUUCCAGGCUGAGGGUUUCACCCAUACUGACAGCCUGGGCUGGAGCCCAAGGAUAUUGAGUAUCAAGGCUGAACAACUACUGCCAGAUGCCAAAGAGAGGAGAAAGUGCCAGCCCCGACGAUGGAGCCGUUUGUGAAUAAACUGUUCUUAGUCAUUG